AUGGUGAAACUUUGCGAGAUCAAUCAGACGGCAACAUUUGCCUGGUCACAUGACUCGUUGCCCCUGUUGGCAGCGGGUACUUUGGCUGGGGUUAUGGAUGAUACAUUUUCUUCAGAUUCAGUUUUAGAGAUAUACGACGCGUUCAGCGCCACAAAAGGCGAGCCCAAGACGUUGUACAGUGGCACAGCCAGCGCCAAGUACAACUCGCUUGCAUGGAGUGCCCCUUCGAAGGACCAUUCCAGGGGGCUUUUGGCUUCAGGUUUGGAAAACAGCACAAUCGAGCUUUAUGACCCGGAAGCACUGCUAAAGGGCGCUGCAGAGACGGUGCCGGUGCUCGAGACGUACAAGAAACACACGACGGCUGUGCUGCAGGUGCAGUUCAACGCACUCCAGCAGCACAUUCUUGCGUCAUCGGGCUCGAAUGGGGAAAUAUUCGUCUGGGACACAAAUAAGGGCACAUGCUUUUCGCCAGGGCGUGCAAUGUCGCCCGCAGGCAAGGUGUCGUGCCUCUCGUGGAACAACACGGUGUCGCACAUCUUCGCGUCGGCCGGAGAUACUGGUUACGCGUCAAUUUGGGACCUAAAAGCCAAAAGAGAGGUUCUCCAGCUUUCAUAUUCGGGUGUAAACCUCUCAGUUGUGGACUGGCAUCCAAACCAGAGUACGCGGAUCGUUACGGCGUCCGGAUCGGACCUAGACCCGGUCAUUUUGACGUGGGAUUUGCGAAAUUCGUCCACUCCUGAGCAAAUCCUCAAGGGCCACAGAAAAGCCAUUCUCUCUUUGGAUUGGUGUAAAUGGGACCCAGAACUACUUCUUUCGUCUGGAAAGGACGAUGCUGCAAUGCUCUGGAACCCAGUGAGUGGCGAAAAGCUCGCCGAGUACCCAUCGUUGCCAAAUUGGGCAAACGAGACCAGAUUUGCACCAAGCAUCCCGGAUGUCUUCGCAAGUGCCUCUUUGGGCAAGAAAAUCGUCGUGCAGUCUCUCCAGGACACCUCUCCACCAGUCGCGGCCAAGGUGGGUAGUACAGCCGCAAACGAGGACGAGUUCUGGUCGCAAAUCUCGUCUGCUGACACCCAGCAGCCUGUUUUUGAGAAGCACCAGGCUCCUUCCUGGCUCAAGAGGCCGGUCAGUGCCACCUUUGGGUAUGGCGGCAGGCUCGCUGUUGUUUUGGAGGGCAAGGAAGCGUCAGAAGUCAAGGUUGUGUCUGUUCCGGGGGUCAUGAAGACUGUUUCUUCGGCUGCAAAAUCCUUGAAAGACGCAGUUGAAAGUGGGGACUUCAAGGCUGUGUGUGCGCAGAAGGUCUCGUGUGAGGGUAGCGGGGGUCUCGUGGGUGCAAAGGACUGGGAGUUGCUUGGGAAAUUGGUGGAAAACAGUCGCAAGAAGGUUCUUGAAGGCCAGGUGGAGGAGAAAGAGGCUGAAAAAGCAGCUGAAGGUGCCGAAAACGGCGACGAAACGACCCAAAAGGACACUUUGGAGGGUAGCGAGAACUCGGACGAGGACUUUUUCGAGCAGUUGCAGUCUGCAAAGAAGGCAGAAGUCGUUGCAAGCUAUGUUCCGACCGGAGAAUUUUCCAUUUCGGGCACCAAUGAGCAAAAUGACACAUUUGACGCCAGGGCAAUCACUAAAUUGCUUCAGGGCGACACCGAGGGCACCUUGGACUUGUGUGUGGCAGAUGACCACAUUCUUGAGGCGCUAGUUCUUGCAUUAGACGGCACAAACGAGAUGAAAGCAAAGGCCAAGAGUGCUUAUUUCUCGAAAUUCGCAAAGGACAGCCCUCUGGCGCGUAUUCUGUACAGUGCCACGAACAAGGACGUGUCGGACAUUGUGGAGAAUGCCGACAUUUCCUCGUGGAAACUCGUCGCAAGGUCUAUUUUGGCCUACGAUAGUGCAAACGACGCGAAAUUCAGCAGUCACGUGACCAAACUUGGCACGCGUCUUGCCGAAGCUGGAAACAAAGCUUCUGGAAGUGAGCAGGCCACACUUAGAGACAGUGCAUUGCUUUGCUUUGCUGCAGGUGGUGCAUUGGAUAAAGUUUCCGGCAUUUGGCUUUCGGAACUUGACGACAUCGAGAAGUUCUACGAGCAGAAAAGCGAUGAAUCGGAGAAGAAGGAGCUCUCCGCCUCGGAUAUUCGCUUCAAGGCACUUUCCGAGGUUGUUGAGAAGAUUUUCGUGUACGAGAACGCGGCAAAACUUGCCGACAACAGCCGUUUCAAGGAGUUACCAGCUCUUGGAAGCGUUCUUAGAGAGUAUGCAGGCUUUUUAGUUGGAGCAGGCGAGUUCUCAUUGGCUCGUAAGACCUUAGAUCUUGUGGCUGACGAUAUUCCGGACAUUAAACUCGAGAAGAAACGUCUCGCAGUUGCAGCUGGCGAGAAAAGCGUGCCAAAGCGGACGCUAAAGUCGCCCUUCGCGGGUCCAAACGCAGCCCUUUAUGGCCAGACGUCAUCGCCUGCCGCAUUGGGAAAUAGGAAGACGCAUGCUGCAAGGGGUCCUGCAGCCAAGAAAUACGUCACGCCUUCGUACCCUGGCGCCAACGGCGCUCCCGCCAACGUUAGCCCUGCGCUCGGCCACAAUGCAUAUGCGCCACGUGUGCCUGCCGCUGCAGCGCCUAUGAACCCGUACAUAAGGCCGAUGAAUCCUGCGGCAAACAACCCAUAUGCGCCAAAAGCGGCACCCCCUGCGGCAAACGGCGGCAAGUACGGCGCCGGCAUCACUGCACCCAUCCCUGCGCCACCACCAACGUUUGGCGCAGUCAGCGCUGCAACCCCUCCACUUACUCAUGGUAUAGCUCCUCCAUCGGCAAACAAAAAUGCCGGCGGUUGGAAUGAUCUGCCGGAGAGUAUUGGCGGCAAAAGUUUGAAGCGCUCCACUUCGAGCGUUGCGGUCCCAUCAGUGUACCAGCGUGCGCUCAGCAACCACAAUGCGCAGCAGCCAUCCGCAGGCCCAUCCGCAUACGCGCCACCUGCUCAGCCACAAAUACAGAGCAAGGAUGCCGCAUUGCCACCGCCACCACCUCCACAGAUGGUAACCGGAGGAUCGAAGUUCGGUUCAAGAUCGGGUAGCAUAAGUGGCGGCGCUGCGCACCCACAGAGCGCCAUGCACAACCCGUAUGCGCCAGUGCCAACGCCUGCGCUAGCCGCAGCACCCGCAGCCAAGAACCCUUACGGCCCGAUAAGGUCGCCACCGCAGAUUUCGGCGCCUUUCAACCCUUAUGCGCCACCCGCAGCCGCAUUCAGCGCAUCCCCUAGGGUGCCUAAUUUAAGCAGAAGGACAAGCUCGGUUGCCUCUUAUGGAAGUGGCGCAGCUGAAGUGGUUCCGCCACCGCCUCGAAUGAUCAGAAAAAUACAAGAGUCACCAGCCACACCUUUGCCGCCUGCACAGCCACAAAAUGUGAAGACAGAAAGUGUGCCCCUUCAUCAGCCACAGCCACAGGCACCUCCUGCACAGCCACAGGCGGGAAGAAAUAAUUCGAUCCAGGGAGAAACCGCGGAGGAAUCCGGAGUCGUCGAGUCGAUCGUCUCGAGUUUCAACCAGGAAUUAGAGAAAUUCCACAGGCAACUUGCAGACUGUGAGAAGAGGUUGGGCAUUCUUUACAAGAAGUUCCAGGAGUCCUCAAUUGAUGAAGCAACUGUUGACUUAUUGCUCAAGUUGAGUGCAGCUUUGACUAAGGAGGACUUUGCAGAGGCCUCGACCUUGAAAGCCAAGCUUAAAGCACAAAACGUGCCAGAUUAUAAGGUUUGGUUGGUCGGAGUUGAGCGUUUAAUUGGAAUGGAUAGAGCCACAAGUUGA